AUGACGGUGCCCGAGCGCAAGAAGAUGGAGGAGGGCGCGACGAGCGUGUUCAAUGCCGGACAAUGGGGCUACUACGAUGACCCUGAGUCUGUUGACAACCUCAUCCGAUGGCUGGACCCGCGCGGCUACAACGAGCUGAAGCUGCGCAAGGAGAUUCUCAGCUUCAAGGACAAAAUCGCCAAACACAUGGAGAACCGCAAAGAGUACCUUGCGCCCGCGGAGAAGGAGGAGGAAGAAUCCAAGGAGCCGAAGCGCGGCGUCGCCACACGCACGAGGCAGCAACAGACCGCUGAACCCACCAAUUACAGGUGCCUUGCGUGGGAGAACACGGUCGCCAUGGAGGAGCUGGGACACUUGCACUCGGAGCCGCCGCCGCCGCCGCGGAACAAGAAGCAGGCCAAGAAGAGGCAGGCUGUCGAUCCCACGCCGGAGCUGCCAUCAGCUCCCAAGACGAGGCGGAAGAAGUGA